GCGGGGCUUGGGCCGUUGGCUCCGGCGGCGGCGCUUCCGGGUGGCGAGGGGGCGAUGGCGCUGCCCUGGCUGCAGCGUGUCGAGCUUGCGUUCUUUGCUGUCGCCUUCCUGUGCGGAGCCGUGGCGGCCGUGGCGCUGACCCGGACCCAGGUGCGGCUGCGGGUCGGGGCCGACCAUCGGGUCGGGAUUUCUGCAUCAGGGGAGACCAGAACUUGUGAGGCAUCUCUGAAGCUCAUUGUAUUUUGUAAUUACCGCCUAUUUCCUGAUCCUUCUGGUCACUGCAGCUUCUUUCCACAGGGCUCCUUCAGUGGUAGCUGUCCCCUGUAUGGUGUGGCCACCCUCAAUGGCUCCUCCCUGGCCUUGUCCCGACCCUCAGCCCCAUCCCUCUGCUACUUUGUGGCUGGGGUCUCUGGCCUGCUGGCCCUCUACUGUCUCCUGCUUCUGUUCUUCUGGGUGUACAGCAGCUGCAUCGAGGACUCCCACAGAGGUCCAAUAGGGCUCCGCAUUGCACUGGCCAUCUCAACUGUAGCCAUCUUCUUGGUCUUAGUGUCGGCCUGUAUCGUUCGAUUUGGCACCAGUUCCCUCUGCAAAUCCAUCAUCUCCCAGAACAUAACUAGCUGCUCUGAUGCCCAGAAAACUCCAUGGAGACCCCCUGGAACCGCUCUGCAGUUUUACUCCAACCUACACAAUGCUGAAACCUCUUCUUGGGUGAAUCUGGUAUUGUGGUGUGUGGUCUUGGUGCUCCAGGUCGUGCAGUGGAAGUCUGAAGCCACCCCACACCAGCCUCUGGAGAGGAGGGACCCUGUGUGGAGCUCUGAAACAGAUGCUCUUGUUGGGCCACGCCUUUCCCAUUCCUGAAGAUUAACCAAAGAGUACAUCUGCAGCCAGAGUCCAUGCCCAAGUGCCUGCAAUCCUCUUGCCCCCACAUGGCCCUGUUUAUGCUGGGAGCCUGAGUUUUCCCUCCAGGAGGGAAACAUGAUGACAGACCCCUCUUCCUACAGCUGUUUUUGUACCAAAGUAUUAUAUUACUCUUUCUUCA